AUGGAUUUGGGAUCCUCCACCCGCAACGCCGAGAACGACAGCGGCGGUGUGGGAUCUGCAGCAUUGGAACGAGAUGGCAGCAGUGAACCGAGACUGGGAGAAAGGAGCAGCACGGGUGGUAGUGCCCAUGUCUUACCAGCCGAGGACCAACGCCAUCAGCAAGGAGGCUGGAGCCAGAUUAGCGGCAGUCUCGCGGCCACCGGCAGCGGCCGACGAAGAAACGGCAGCACCGAAGGCGGCAAGCUUUUCGCCGAAGGUACUACUGUUCGAAGCGAGCGCGAAGAUCAGCAGCAGCAACGCCCACGACACUCAUCCCCCGCGUCAAGCAAGUCCAGCAACACCCCCACAGCCAACAAGCUACACCACCACCCCCACCCCCACCAUCGCCAGCAGCCCAAACCACCAGGGGUGGGGACCGUCGAGUUUGCGACCCCGUCGCGGGUGCCGUCCGAACGCUCGCCCGUGGACUUCUUCGACAACCCUUCGUCGGGGGGCAUUGCUUCCGCGGCCGUUACUGCUCUCAGUGGCGGAGGUAGUAGCAGUGGCGGUGGUAGCCGGAGUAGCGCCCCGUCCACCCCACCAGGCGGGCUUCCUCCCGCUAGAUCUUCCCUGGUCAACGCUGGUACAAAGGCGCGAGGGGCUGGCCGGGCGUCCCCUUCGGUUAGCUCGACGAGGAGUAUUUCUCCCGGCAGGCGUAACGGAGGAGGGGACGGAGGGAGUGGCGGUGGCAGCGGCGGCGGCGGCGGUGGAGGUGGUGUUGGCGUCGGCGGGAGUAGUCCCAAAAAAGCAGCUCGGCGGUCAAAUGACAGCAGUCAAACCCUCGGGAGAAAGAGCGUGGACAGCCAGGGAGGGGUUUCUCACAACUUCAAGGUCGUCAUUCGCGUCCGACCUCCGCUGCCGCGAGAGGUAGAGGGGGAACGCAUGUUCCAAAACAUCGUGUCAGUGGACAAGGAAGAACACGUGAUCACCAUAUCGGAGAAUUUGAACGCCGUCCUCGACGACGUGGAUGGGAGUGUUGUCAGUGCCGGAGGACCUUACAGCACCCAUGCUUUCACCUUCGACCACGUCUACGACGUUUCGGCUUCGCAGCGGAAGGUGUACGACACAACCGCAAUGGAGGUCGUUGACAGCAGCCUUCAGGGCUACAACGCGACGGUGUUUGCAUACGGGCAGACGGUGAGAGACUCCCACUGCCACGUGCCCUUCGAUGAUAGGGAGCCUAGAACCCCCCAGUACCUGACACAUGAUCCCUCAAUGAUAUACUUUAGUAUUUGCUCAGGUGUUCGCCCACAUACAGAGGAAUGCGUCUCCAAGGUGGGAAACUGGGUGGGGCCAAGUACUGUGCUUCUCUAUGUGCCCGUUAUUUGUGCUCGACUGAGCCGCACUCGAUGUCAAAUCAACCCUCACGGAAAUUCCAGGAUGAGGUUUCUGGUUCGGGCCUCCUACCUACAAAUCUACAACGAGCAGAUAUCGGACCUGCUCAAGCCGGAGAGGAACAACCUAACCAUCCGGGAGGACAAGAAGAGAGGCGUGUUUGUGGAGGGCCUCUCGGAAUGGGUGGUGAGCGAGAUGGACGCGUGUGGACAAGCCAUGCUGCUACUGUGGGCUACUAGUGCUACUCGCAUGAACGACACCAGUAGCCGAAGCCAUGCCGUGUUUAUCAUCAUCGUUGAACAGAGCGAGACAUCUUACACGGACGAGAAGGGAGAGAAGAUGAGCCCCGAAACUCUGAGACAGCUCCUCAGGAAAGCCGGGUCCCAGGAGCGAGAAGCCCUAUUGCGAAAGCUUGAGACCAACGCGCGUCAGACGUUCAAGGUCGGCAAACUCAACCUGGUGGAUCUGGCGGGCUCCGAGCGUGUGCGGUUGUCUGGCGCCACUGGGCAGCGUUUACGAGAGAGCAAAAAGAUCAACCAGUCGUUGUCGGCCCUUGGGAAUGUCAUUUCGGCGCUAACCGACCACCGGGGCAGGCAGCACAUCCCGUACCGCGAUUCGAAGCUAACUCGAAUCCUAGAGGACAGCCUCGGCGGAAACUGCAAAACGACCAUGAUGGCAAUGAUUAGUCCGGCGCUGGAGAGCAUGGUAGAGACCCUGUCGACAGUGAAGUUCGCGAGCAGAGCCAAGAACAUCAAGAACCAGCCCAUCGUCAACGAGGACUUCGACCAAAAGGUGUGCCAAAAGCAAACUGACUCGUUGCUGAGGAAGUACGAGAGAGAGUUGAAACGACUAAGGGCGGAGCUCGAGGAGCGAAGCCGCAACCUGGUGGACAAGCGGCAGCUGCUGUUUGUCGAGGGGGAGAGGAGGCGCGCAGAGGCUGAUAAAAUGGCCGCAAUCCGGGCGCUUGAGACAGCUUGGGGAAGCUGCCUGCAAGACCCGAUUGAUUUGUCACGCACGUUCGUCGCGUUUGCGUACAUCCAGGAACGCUCGUUGGAGUUCCAGCGGGAGAAGGAAGAGAAGAGGCUCCUGGAAGGGCGCAUCGCAAUGCUCACGGGACAAAUGAUCGGGAGGGGAAGACGCUCAGACGGGGGCGCUGAGGGCGUGGACUACGCCGACCGCUUAGCGGACCUCGAGCGAGAGCGCAACACCAUUGAGCUAGAAAAGGAGCAGGUGGAGAGGUAUAAGCAACUGCUCAUGAAACAAAGAGACAUCAUGAUAGCCUUAACUCAACGCCUGAACGAAAGGGACGAUGCGCUGAUAGAGGAUGCGCUUGACAUGCGCACGCAACAGCUGUUCCACCUCCAAAAGGCAUUAGUGAUGCACGGCGGCAACGGAGCGGAAGGCGGGAAUGUUGGUGACGAUCAGGUGUGCGCAGCAGCUUCGGAUGCAUCCACCAUUCCGGGCCAUUCAGGUCGAUCGAAUCUCGACAGACGGACGUUAGAUGGCUGGAUAGACUCACCUGGUGCAACGGCAGCAGCCACAAAAGUUGCGGCAGGGUCGGACAAGUUUUUGUCAGUACGCCCCGCACUCCACAAUCGGCAGCAGCAGCAGCAGCAACACCAGCAGCGUCCUUCGACCGCUCCCCAAUCGUCUUCCUCUUUCUCUUCCGGAAAAAGCUCAAAUGUCAACUUCGAGGCACCAGAACCGCUGGGGGGAAGGAGGUGUGGAGACGCUGGAGUGUCCUCCUCGACAACGCCAACAGAGCUACAUUACCGUUCGGUAAGCGGUAACACCAUCUUCUCACCCAAUGGCAGCACCACCAAGGGUAGCGCUACCCCAGCAGCUGUAUUCGGAGGCAGGGAAGAAGCUCACAACCCCCCGCUCGAAGAAGAGCUCAUUUCCUUCCCCAGGUUCAAGCCACACGCGCUGAUGCAGCCUACGUUGUUCAGCACCGACGAUCCAGCCGGAGGGGUUUCCUUUCAUGAUGGAGGUAUUCUUUCACGUGAGGAUGGCGAACAGGGAGGCGAAGGCGACCGUGGGGGCGGGGGUGGAGGCGCUGGACGGGGAGAAGCGCUGAAAAGGGCGGGGGUGGGAGGUGCAAAAUUGCUGAACGCUUGGGAGAAGAUCGAGGAGUUGGAAGGGCUGGUAGAGUCAAGCCGGUCUCACAACGAGAGGUUGCUCAAAGACCUGGAGGAGGUGCAAACCGACAAGGUUUCCAUGGAGUAUCUCCUUCGCGAGAAACUGGAACGGCUGGUUCAGUCCGAGAUCGAGGCGCGAGUUGCCCGAAUGCAUCAGAUCAUCUGUGGUGUUCUUAUCGAUGGCGUUUUGGAACAUGCACAACACAGCGCACUCACGCAACGCCCUCUUACGGAGCGCCAAGGGCCGGAGGAUGAAAUCGCGACCGAGGUCCUAGCCAGGACUACUCAGGAGCUCGAGGAGCUUCGCUGCGAGAAUGCGGAGUUACGAAAGCAAAUGCUUGCUCCGGCAUUGCGGCGCGAGGAUGCUAACACUAUAUCUGAGAACCGAGAGGCGGGAAAGGAAGGGGAAGACGACCGAAGUAGCGUUGCGCAUGGCAGCGCCCAGGACGCGGCGCUGCAGAACCGUUGUGAAGCUUUGCUAGGAGAGCGGAAGGCGAUGCAGGCAAGUUCAGAGACGAACGGUACCAAAUGGCUCCCGACGCUCUGUCGAAUCUUGACGACGACGACGGCCCCAUACAACGAAGCCCGCCUCCCCGCUGACGUCGUCACUUCCCCUCGUGCCCUUGCGUUUUUGUGUCAGACCAUCAUGGAGCAAAAGGUAAAGGUGCUGGUGGACAACGUGGCCGACUCCGCAUGUGCUGUUCUCGACCUCGUAGCGGCCUCCCAAAGUGGUGCGGACAACCACCGUGCUGGUGAUGGUUAUUCUGGCAGUACUGAUCACGCGCAGGUAGUACUGCCAUCGCCAUCCUUGGCUCCGGCUGGAGGAACCGAGUCGGCAGCCGAAGGUGAGGUAUCGAGAGCGGGAACGGAGUCCUCGUCGUCCCCAGCCGCUAGAGAAGCAGCCGGAAGGGCACUAAGCAAGGACGUGGGCCAGCUGCGGAGGCUGGUUCAAGCUGCCAUAACAGCGUUAAGAAACGCUGAUGCGGAGGAUCAGCAGCGAGGCAUAACGGCGACGGCUUCGUCUCCGCACAGUGAGGAACACGACCGGAAAACCUGACGUAGGCUCGCAAGAUAUAGGUGGAAAGGCAGGGUGCGGAACAGAAAUGGUCAUCGUGCUCUCACGACGGAUGGAGCUGCAUUUCUCCUGGGGCUCAACAAUCAUUUUUGCCGCCUAGACGUCGACAAGGGCUCGAGUGCCGACAACCACACUUUGACAAGCGGGCGGGUAUGACAUCAACACUCAACGCCCUGAAUGGCUAGGUACAAAGAGGUCAAGGCUAAUACUGUGGCACUGGGGAAUCUUGGGCCGCCAGAUACCAUCGAGGGAAUGAUGUGCACGAAAGCUGACGUGCAAUCUAGAUAUAACUUCUCUUGCAGAAACGUUAAGCCGCCUUGGUACAAGCUCGUAUCCCCUGAAUCAGCAUGUCAGUGUCGAGGGGCUGCUCGAAUAGAGCGAGUGGGGUGAGGAAAAUGUGUGGAUGAGGAGGGUAUUUAGUGGCUUCACCCCCCCCGACACUGAUUUUGGAUACUAUUGCAAAUGGCCGGCCAUAUUAUGCAAGGUCCGGCCUCGAAAAGGCCGUUUGAGCCCCCCCGCUAACCCCCAAAAUACUCGCUCUUGUAGAAAACACCACUAGCUUAGAGGUUUACUUCGCCCUGCCGCUCCAAUAUCGUGGCGGGCGCUCAUGGAGAGACAUUCCGUUUAGCGUGGCGUUGACGCUGCAAAACGUCUUGCUUUGGUGGUCUCGUUUUCUCUGGAGCCGUUCAUUGUAUGCAUGUUUCACUGCUGUAGAUCGUUCUGUCCUCCAGCAGUAUGGCCCGCGACGUUCGGACGUCCCUCUAGUGAACAUCGUAGGAAUGAAUAUUGGAGUCUGCCUUACCGGCCGGCAUGAGCGUAGUGAAAGUCGAAAUUCAGCCACAGAAAUAGGUCAUGGAGACAACUGCAAAAUCCAUAUCCUAAGGAACUUGAUGAGAUCCGCUUUGUCACGGGU